UUGUUCAUGGCUUACACUUUUAAAAAAAGUGAAUUAUGUAUGAAACAAGAAAAACUGUGUGUGUUUUGACUUGUGUGGCCCAGUCUGAGAACAAACACGCAGAGGAAAGUGAGAAGCGUUGCCUUUGGCUGUGCAUUAGUUGGCCUUUGCUGCCCCCUGCCAUCUGUUUUCUGUUUUGCCGUUUGCUGUCCCGGUAGCGCCUAAGCAGUGGCAGAGUGCGCAGGCGUACCUCCGUCUUAUUCCAUGCUUUCUAUUUCGCUUCUUCUCACCUUCAGUCUUUAUACACACAUGACAGAAUGCCGGACCACCGUGCUGAUCUCUUUCUCUAAUCCCAGCCUGAUGAUUUAGGCCGUUCCUUCAGACUCCUCCAGCAGACUGGAGUUUAUUUUGCUUUACCUGUGCUGACUGCUAAAAAUGGCUCAUCUAAGGAUCCGUUGGGAGGAGUGGGAUUACAGUAGCAAUGGGAGUACUGGAUCAAGACCUAGCUCGGACUCCAGACCUGGAUCUGGCUCAAGGUCUGGGAGUCGAGGAAGAACCAACCAUCAUAAGAAUUCCAGGAAGAAUGAUAACAGAGAUGCCACUUUUGAUAUGCUCGGGACAGAUAUUUGGGCGGCCAAUACUACCGGGUCUCAUGGGUUUCCCUUGGCAGCCACCGUCUUUCAGCAUCUGCGGGAAAGUGGGAGCAAAGAACCAGUGGGAAUACCUUUGCCGUCUCAAGGCCAGACAGUGAACCGAAGUCUUCCAUCGACAGAUGAAGUUGCAGUCUUUGGGGCUCUGGAGAGGGGAGCAGCUUGGGAUCUUCAGCCGGAGAAGUUAGAUUUUACACAGAUCCGUCAAAAACACUUUCGGGCCACGCCAAAACCUCUGCCUCAUUUCGACAGAGAAGGAAUGUUGAAAGGAAAGUUUGAAGACGAUGAAGGCAUCAAUUUAAAUGACUUGGACAAAUUUCUUCCAAGCGGAAAGGUCUAUCAGCCUUUUCAGAACGAUGCUGAAAUCAGCCACACCAAAAAGCUCUUCAGAAGAAAGCGAAAUGAUCGGCGGAGAGCACCGAGACCUCCAGGUGGAAUCAAACCCCUGAAUUCCCAUCAGCAGCAACCACCGUUGAUGCCACCACAGCAGCAGCAGCAUUCACAGCCUGCACAGCCUGAGCAUUCACAGAACAAUGCAAAACACAACCGGGAUCACUCCAGGCAGUAUCAGGGUCCAUCCCCUCACCCUUCAGGACGGCAAGGAGCCUCCCACCACGGGUACAGUCAGAACCGUAGGUGGCACCAGAACCAGAAGCUUUCACUGCAGGGGCCUACAGACAAGGAUACUGCCAACAGAAAUACCAAAGAGACUGAGAAUUUAAGAACUGAGGAGGAGUCUGGCGGGGGACUUCUUGCCAAGAAGGAGCCAGAACUUCACAACAGCCAACCUGAGGGGUCUGCCUCGUCUCACCAGGAAGGAAAACGCAGAGACAGCCUUAUAGACGGCCCCAAAGUGAACCUGCUGCAGUCUUCUAAAGAGAGGCUGAGAAGGCGGCUAAAAGAAAAGGAUGAGGUCCUUGUGGAAACCCCAAACCCACAGAAAAGCCGAAUGGACAAGCUGAUCGAGAUCCUGAACAGCAUGAGGAACAACAGCAGCGAAGUGGACGCCAAGCUCUCCACUUUUAUGGAGGAAGCCCAGAAUUCUACCAACUCGGAAGAGAUGCUGUCCGAAAUUGUCAGGACUAUAUAUCAGAAAGCCGUGAGUGACCGGAGUUUUGCAUCCACUGCUGCCAAGCUCUGUGACAAAAUGGCUCUCUUCAUGGUGGAGGGAACAAAUUUCCGCAGCCUCCUUCUGAACAUGCUGCAGAACGACUUUACGAAAAGGGAUGAGCUGCAGCAGUCGGACGUUGAGCACUGGCUUGGCUUCAUCACAUUCCUCUGCGAAGUCUUCGGUACCAUGAGGAGCAGUUCGGGCGAACCCUUCAGAGUGCUUGUGUGCCCCAUUUAUGCCUGCCUCAGGGAGCUGUUAGAGUCGACAAAAGUAAAAGAAGAUGCCGUCCUCUGCUGCUCCAUGGAGCUGCAGAGCACCGGCAAGCUCCUGGAAGAGCAGCUGCCCGAGAUGAUGAGUGAGCUGCUGGCGGCCGCACGCGACAAGAUGCUGUGUCCGUCGGAGUCGCCGCUGACCCGCUCCCUGCUGAUGGAGGUCAUCGAGCUGCAUGCCCGUCAUUGGAGCCCACUGGAGGCUUUCACCACUCAGUACUACAAUCGGACCAUCCAGAAGCUCACCGCCUGACGGACGAAUGAGAAGACGGGGAAUGUAAAAAAGACGGCCGGUGCCAAUCACGGUGUGCUGAAUACAUCAUAGAAUUGGGGGAUAAAGGCACAACACACGGCGAUAACAAUAAGACUGUGGAGAGACGUCCCAGCAUGCUGAGGAGUGGGGCAGCAGCGUGGGGAAGGGGGGGUGGGGGGAUUUGCUUCUUUUCACUUUUGUGUUUUGAUUUUGUAUGCCAGCAACAAACCACCCCCCACCGACCACCGGCCCACCACCUCCGACGUCCCCCAGCAUUUAGUGUCAUAGUGGCUGCAUUGACGGACGUCAAGCCAAGAAGUAUUGUGAUUAAAAGACAGGUGGUGGAAAGGGGGUGGGGUUUAUGGGGAGGGGUUAGAGGCGGGGCUUACAACUCUAUCUAUAGAGAGUGCGAGAGAGAGAGAGAGAGCUUUGUUGUGUGUGCGGCCCACGCUGACCGCCAGGCCAGAGACUUCGGGCGGCAGAUGUUCUUGGGGAGGACAAUGGUGGGCACGUUCCACACCGGACCGCCUCAUCAAACAAAAAGAAAAAGAAAGAAAGAAGACAAGCGAGAAACAAACGCAGCGCCAACACGGCGAGGCACUUGCUAUUCAGAGGGCUGGGCCUAUUCAUUACAUUGUCAUUAAUAUUGCUAUUUUUAUAAUCAUUGUUUUUGAUAUUCUUUUAAAUCAUAUUUUUGAAUGGUUUGAAAUAAUAGCCUAGACGUAUUGCACGGGUUUACCUUACUUUGCACUGUUUUAAGCAAACUGCUUCUUCUGUUUUUUGUUUGUUUUGGGGUUUUUUUUCCAGAAAAGAGAUGAGCAGUCAAAUGCAAUAUUUUAGCGUUUUAAAUACACUACAGGUGUGGGGGGGGUUUGGGGGUCUCUCUCUCUUUUGUCAUCCACUACGCUUUGUUUCAGUGAAUGUAUAAUACGGUCACCUGUGUGUUAUGGGACAAGAGCGGCCUUCUCCCUGUCCCGGAUGGACACCAAAAAAAAAUAGAGGAAUGAAAGUGAAGUUUUUUCAAUUUUUCCGUUGGUACACAAACCCCCCCACUUAACCCCCCCGAGGUGCCCACAGAAGUCAUUUGUAUUUAUUGGACAUGUGUAUUAUGUUGUAUGCAAAUUUUUAUUUUUUUUUUUUUUUUGUAGGCUUGCAAAUGCUAAUUCUUAUUUACCAUAAUAGUAUUCGUCAUUACCAGCCUCGGCCAACGUACGGACCACCAGGUCGAGAUGAUGUCUGCUCACCGUACAUAGAAAUGGGGAUCUGGGUCAUACGUAUAAUAUUCAAAGAUGGAGGACUCACACUUCAAAGAAGGGUGGCUGAACUAGUGUAUGUCUGUCUGUGUGUGUGUGUGUGUUGUGUGUGUUGUGUGACAUAAUGAGUCAACUCCGGGUGACUCCGUGCGUCCAGGUGACCAAUUGCCUUUCAGAAUCUGAUACUCUGCUUUGGCCGCACCGCCAUCUUUUAGCUUCUGCUGUCUGAGAGGCACAGCGAACGUCUCCAUACUGACGGGAUUUUCCUGCACGGCUCUGACCCCCCCAUGUCUUUUUUUUUUUAAUAGAUGGGGUCUCCUCAAACACAAUCACGAGUUUUGAGUUUUCGUCGAUCACAGUUUCAAAGCAUCGAGCAUACCAUCUACGCCGGGGGGCAGGGGGCGCCCACUCCGGUCCUGCUGCAAGUUUUCAUUCUAACCCUCUCCUUAAUGAGUGACCUGCUGAUUUUUUGCUCCUAUUUAACUCCUUUUGAAUUCAUUUUACUUGACUUGCUCUCGAAGACUCGGACCUCCUCACAAACCUGUGAACAUCACAACCAAUUCAACCCUUUUGCAGCUAAGGACACAAUAUACGGGUGGCUGCCAACAAGCCUUUUGAUGUCUGAGGUCUGCUUUUGUGACCGCUAGUAAUAGGAUGUCAGGGCCAAAAGGGUUCAAAUGAAUUCAAAAGGAGUUCAUUAGGAGCAAAAACAGCUCA